GUUUUGAGUUGUGCUUCGCGACGGUUGCUGAUCUUCCAGUGCUCCCAAGAAAAAAAACGAAAGCCGAAAAGUAUCUCCUCCCCACAAGUCUCUGUAUCUCCAUCUCCGAGUGAUCUCCAUCUCUAUCUGUAUCUCUAUCUGUGGCUGCAUCUGUAACUCUCUCCCGUGAGAGUCUUGCGAGUGCGCUAGUGUGCGUGUCCGAGUGUGAGCGUGUGCUAAGCUUUUUGCUGUCGCCUAUCUGUGAGGGUAUUGGUGCUUCGGCCUGAACUAUGGUUCGCGUGUUCGUGUGCGUCUAACACUCGUACGUAUCGUAAUUUAAAAAUAAGUAUUUCGACAUUCCGCCGUGGAAACUAUGUGACAUACCAGUCCAGAUCCCCAUAAGCACCACAACGAAACAACGAAACAAAACGAUCUAUAUCGCGAAAUAUUAUUAAUAACCCCUCUAAGGGCCAAGAGCAGCGACAAUUGUGAUUAACAAACGAACCCCGACCCCAAAUUAGCCCCGAAAAGCAACCAGGUGCAACACCAGUCACUCAGUUUCUCAGCGAUUACCUCAUCUGUGUCAAAAUGGUAUCAAAAAACAGUAAAAAGAAACAAGUGUCGCAGCAGCAGCAGCAGCAGCAGCAGCAGCAGCAGCAGCAGCAGCAGCAGCAGCAGCAGCAGCCGCCAGCCACAUCGACCACAACCACAUCGUCGUCGGCUACGGCCACGAAGCUCACCAAACAACUGGGACCCGACGCCACAGCGACGCUCACCACUAAGAGCAGCUCCACCUCGAUGGAGCACGAGUCCGUCUCGUACGGAGAGCCAGGGGCGAGCACCUCAUCCUCCACUCCUGUGCUGGCGGCCAGCACUGCAUCCUCGUCUCCCAUGCCUGCGGCUGGUAUCAGGAGCUACAGCAGCAGCAGCAAGAGCAAGGCAGCCAUGUCAAGCUCCCAAUCCUCAUACACAGAGAAAUCUCAGUCCAAGUUACAAUCCCAAUCCCAAUCCCAGUCGGAGCAGUUUAGCAGCAGCAGCAGCAGCACCGCCAAGACUUCCAGGGAUUACUCCAACGAGAAGAUCAUUGCCUCGAUCGAUCUGCUGGAGAGUGAGAAGAAGGAGCCAGUGUUCUCUGUCCCCAUCGAGGUGGUAGAGAUCACAACGCCCACGCUCUCCAUGUCAGCCAGCGGCGGCAGCCUCUCCAAGAUGUACACGUCCUCUUCCAUGUCUUCCAGUCAGCAGCGGCAGCAGCAGCAGGCGAGCAGCAGCUCCACUUACUUCGCCUCCACAACCAGUUCCAGCUCCAAUCGGAGCGCCAAUGAAACGCUCAUUGCAAGCGAGAGAGCCGACACAGCGGCUACCGGUAUGACAUCAUCCGGUGCGAAGAAACAGGUUGGCUUUGACACGAGCAGUAGCACCAAUACCAACAUCAGUGUUGAUGUCAAUACCAAUACCAAUACUAACACCAACACCAAGAGCAGCAGCAGCAGCAAAAGCUUCAGUGAAUCUCAGAGCGUGCCAAAGCUGCCACCAGCCAGCGGAACAGCUGACGGGCCCACAUCGGUGACGUCAUCAAGUUGCCCCGAACCGGUUGCCGCGCCGUCUGCCGUGACCACAACAAAGGCGACGUCAUCCACCUCGCAGAACGAUAAACUGGAACAACUGUCGGGAACGACAACAGCUGUGGACCACAACAAAGCCACUUCAUCGACAUCCAACAAAGAGGUCAGCGAGAGCACCACACGGAGCAGCUCGAGCAGCACCAAGCAGUCCACAUCGUCGUCCAAGAAGGAGGUGUAUGACGUAAAGACCAAGACCUGGACCGAGCUCAGCGAUGGCACAACCACCCAUCCAGGGGGCAACACAAGCAAGCCCACCUUUGAGCGGUACGUCAGCAAGGAGUCGGACGGUAGCUGCAAGGUGACGUACAAGAAGAAGAUAUACGACAGGCGCAACAAUAAGUGGCGCGUGGUAGACGAACGGACUGUGGACAGCACCGCUGACCGGGGCUAUCCCGAAAUAGUUGAUGAUGUCAUCAACACAACCACCACAACAUACACCACCAAGGUGUACGACACGAAGCUCGGCAAGUGGACGGUCGUCGACGAGAAGUCGUUCAGAGAUAGCAAAGCUUUCGUGCCCAAUGACAUUGCUCGUGAAAUCGAGAAAGAUAAUACCGAUGUGGCAAACAUAACAACUACCACGGAGGUAACAAAGAUAUUCGAUGCGAGCAUCAACGAUUGGCGUGUUCUGGACGAGAAGGUGCACACGGAUGUCAUUGAGAAGAUUGUAGAGACCCCCAAGAAGACCAUCUACGUGGAUGAAUUUGUGGAGAUUGAGAAGAACACCUCGAUUUCGGAGAACAAUGAGAACAUAACCCUGAAUCUGAACGAAACAUCGAAACACAAAAAUAUUACCGAAAAUAUUUAUGAUGAAAUCGAUUAUGUGCGCACCGAUAAGAAACGCUUAGACGAUUCAAGAAACCGUGGAGUCGUCAAGAACAAAAAUACUACGCAUAGCGAGCGGUGCAUCUGUGAGAUCUGCACAUGCGGACGACAUCACUGCUCAACCAGCACAACUAAAUCAACAGAAAACACAAUCAUUGAAACCGAUGAUACCCUCGAGGAAGCAUACACAAGAGUACGUACAAAUACCUGGUCGAAGAGAGACAAUCGAAACAUUCCCAAGCCAAACGAAGACAUAUUAGUGGACUACGUAGUUAUAAAGAAGCCAGAAGACAAUCUAAAGCCAGAAGGAGACUUCGUAGUCCCACCAAAAGAGCCAUACAAGCCCGGCGAGAGGCGUGAGAAAAUUGUGCACACUGACAAUUUGCGGACAGAGGGAGAAAUGACCUUCAACGAGAGGGAGGAGUAUCAAUACACCGUCCGUCCUGAAUAUAAGAAGCCGACGGACAACCUUAAGCCCGAGGGCGAGUUUUACAGCCCAGAGAAGCCGAAAUAUCAGCCUGGAGACCGCCCAACACAAGUACGACACAAGGAUAACUUGCGGCCUGAAGGUGACUUUUAUACGCCCGACAAGAAGGGCUAUACACCAGCCGCUCGACCCACCCAAAAGAAACCCGUGGACAACCUCAAGCCGGAGGGAGAAUUCCUUACGCCGGAAAAACCCACCUAUCGGCCAGGAGAAAGACCAGAGAAAAUUAUUCGCAGCGACAACUUGCGCACCGAAGGAGAAAUGACUUUUGUGGAGAAGCAGGAGUACCAAUAUGUAGUUCGACCAGGACAAAUAAAGCCCACUGAUAACCUCAAACCAGAGGGUGAAUUUUACAGUCCGGAGAAACCGAAGUACAGACCAGGCGAUCGUCCAACACAAGUUAGGCAUGAAGACAAUCUGAAACCCGAAGGCGACUUCUACACUCCAGAAAAACCAGGAUACAAGCCUAGUGAACGUCCAUCUCAAGUGCGACCUGAGGAUAAUCUCCGACCUGAGGGAGAGUUCUACACUCCGGAUAAACCAGGAUUCAGACCCGCCGAGAGGCCAGUACAGAAGAAACCAGAAGAUAAUCUAAAACCCGAGGGAGAUUUCUACAGUCCCGAAAAGCAGAAGUAUACGCCAGGGGAACGGCCUUCCCAAGUCAGACCUGAAGACAAUCUCCGACCUGAGGGAGAAUUCUACAGUCCCGAGAAACCCAAGUACAGACCAGGUGAACGUCCAUCGCAAGUCAGACCUGAAGACAAUCUCCGACCUGAGGGAGAGUUCUACACUCCAGAUAAACCUGGAUUCAAACAAGCUGAGAGGCCGGUCCAGAAGAAACCCGUGGACAAUCUGAAGCCCGAAGGAGAGUUUACGAAGCCUGAGAAACAGGUUUACAAACCUGCUGAUAAAAACGAAAGGAUCAUUCGUAAGGACAACCUACGUAGCGAAGGUGAAAUGACGUUCGUUGAGAAACAGGAGUAUCAAUACGUGGUACGACCCGAUCAAGUCAGACCCACGGAUAACCUGAAGCCCGAGGGUGACUUCUACAGUCCCGAAAAGCAGAAGUAUACGCCAGGAGAACGUCCAACCCAAGUAAGACCUGAAGACAAUCUCCGACCUGAGGGAGAGUUCUACACUCCGGAUAAACCAGGAUUCAGACCCGCUGAGAAACCUGUUCAGAAGAAGCCGGAGGAUAAUCUGAAACCCGAGGGAGAUUUCUACAGUCCCGAAAAGCAGAAGUAUACGCCAGGAGAACGUCCAACCCAGGUUAGACCUGAAGACAAUCUGAGACCUGAGGGCGAAUUCUACAGUCCCGAGAAACCCAAGUACAGACCAGGUGAACGUCCAUCGCAAGUCAGACCUGAAGACAAUCUCCGACCUGAGGGAGAGUUCUACACUCCGGAUAAACCAGGAUUCAGACCCGCUGAGAGACCUGUUCAGAAGAAGCCAGAGGAUAAUCUGAAACCCGAGGGGGAUUUCUACAGUCCCGAAAAGCAGAAGUAUACGCCAGGAGAACGUCCAACCCAGGUCAGACCUGAAGACAAUCUGAGACCUGAGGGAGAAUUCUACAGUCCCGAGAAACCCAAGUACAGACCAGGUGAACGUCCAUCGCAAGUCAGACCUGAAGACAAUCUCCGACCUGAGGGAGAGUUUUACACUCCGGAUAAACCUGGAUUCAGACCCGCUGAGAGACCAGUCCAAAAGAAACCCGUGGACAAUUUGAAGCCCGAAGGAGAGUUUACGAAGCCUGAGAAACAGGCUUACAAACCUGCUGAUAAAAACGAAAGGAUCAUUCGUAAGGACAACCUACGUAGCGAAGGUGAAAUGACGUUCGUUGAGAAACAGGAGUAUCAAUACGUGGUACGACCCGAUCAAGUCAGACCCACGGAUAACCUGAAGCCCGAGGGUGACUUCUACAGUCCCGAAAAGCAGAAGUAUACACCAGGAGAACGUCCAACCCAAGUAAGACCUGAAGACAAUCUCCGACCUGAGGGAGAGUUCUACACUCCGGAUAAACCAGGAUUCAGACCCGCUGAGAGACCUGUUCAGAAGAAGCCGGUGGAUAAUCUGAAACCCGAGGGAGAUUUCUACAGCCCCGAAAAGCAGAAGUAUACGCCAGGAGAACGUCCAACCCAGGUCAGACCUGAAGACAAUCUGAGACCUGAGGGAGAAUUCUACAGUCCCGAGAAACCCAAGUACAGACCAGGUGAACGUCCAUCGCAGGUCAGACCUGAAGACAAUCUCCGACCUGAAGGAGAGUUUUACACUCCGGAUAAACCUGGAUUCAGACCCGCGGAGAGACCAGUCCAAAAGAAACCCGUAGACAAUUUGAAGCCCGAAGGAGAGUUUACGAAGCCUGAGAAACAGGUUUACAAACCUGCUGAUAAGAACGAAAGGAUCAUUCGUAAGGACAACCUACGUAGCGAAGGUGAAAUGACGUUCGUUGAGAAACAGGAGUAUCAAUACGUGGUACGACCCGAUCAAGUCAGACCAACGGAUAACCUGAAGCCCGAGGGUGACUUCUACAGUCCCGAAAAGCAGAAGUAUACGCCAGGAGAACGUCCAACCCAAGUCAGACCUGAAGACAAUCUCCGACCUGAGGGAGAAUUCUACAGUCCCGAGAAACCCAAGUACAGACCAGGUGAACGUCCAUCGCAGGUCAGACCUGAAGAUAAUCUCCGACCUGAGGGAGAGUUCUACACUCCGGAUAAACCAGGAUUCAGACCCGCGGAGAGACCAGUCCAAAAGAAACCCGUAGACAAUUUGAAGCCCGAAGGAGAGUUUACGAAGCCUGAGAAACAGGUUUACAAACCUGCUGAUAAGAACGAAAGGAUCAUUCGUAAGGACAACCUACGUAGCGAAGGUGAAAUGACGUUUGUUGAGAAACAGGAGUAUCAAUACGUGGUACGACCCGAUCAAGUCAGACCCACGGAUAACCUGAAGCCCGAGGGUGACUUCUACAGUCCCGAAAAGCAGAAGUAUACGCCAGGAGAACGUCCAACCCAAGUCAGACCUGAAGACAAUCUCCGACCUGAGGGAGAAUUCUACAGUCCCGAGAAACCCAAGUACAGACCAGGUGAACGUCCAUCGCAGGUCAGACCUGAAGACAAUCUCCGACCUGAGGGAGAGUUCUACACUCCGGAUAAACCAGGAUUCAGACCCGCUGAGAGACCAGUCCAAAAGAAACCCGUAGACAAUUUGAAGCCCGAAGGAGAGUUUACGAAGCCUGAGAAACAGGUUUACAAACCUGCUGAUAAGAACGAAAGGAUCAUUCGUAAGGACAACCUACGUAGCGAAGGUGAAAUGACGUUCGUUGAGAAACAGGAGUAUCAAUACGUGGUACGACCCGAUCAAGUCAGACCCACGGAUAACCUGAAGCCCGAGGGUGACUUCUACAGUCCCGAAAAGCAGAAGUAUGCACCAGGAGAACGUCCAACCCAAGUCAGACCUGAAGACAAUCUGCGACCUGAGGGUGAAUUCUAUAGUCCCGAGAAACCGAAGUACAGACCAGGUGAACGUCCAACGCAAGUCAGACCUGAAGACAAUCUCCGACCUGAGGGAGAGUUCUACACUCCGGAUAAACCUGGAUUUAAACCUGCUGAGAGACCUGUCCAGAAGAAGCCGGAGGAUAAUCUGAAACCCGAGGGAGAUUUCUACAGUCCCGAAAAGCAGAAGUAUACGCCAGGAGAACGUCCAACCCAGGUUAGACCUGAAGACAAUCUGAGACCUGAGGGAGAAUUCUACAGAACCGAGAAACCCAAGUACAGACCAGGUGAACGUCCAUCGCAAGUCAGACCUGAAGACAACCUCCGACCUGAGGGAGAGUUCUACACUCCGGAUAAACCUGGAUUCAAACCAGCUGAGAGGCCGGUCCAGAAGAAACCCGUGGACAAUCUGAAGCCCGAAGGAGAGUUUACGAAGCCUGAGAAACAGGUUUACAAACCUGCUGAUAAGAACGAAAGGAUCAUUCGUAAGGACAACCUACGUAGCGAAGGUGAAAUGACGUUCGUUGAGAAACAGGAGUAUCAAUACGUGGUACGACCCGAUCAAGUCAGACCCACGGAUAACCUGAAGCCCGAGGGUGACUUCUACAGUCCCGAAAAGCAGAAGUAUACGCCAGGAGAACGUCCAACCCAAGUAAGACCUGAAGACAAUCUCCGACCUGAGGGAGAAUUCUACACUCCGGAUAAACCUGGAUUUAAACCUGCUGAGAGACCUGUCCAGAAGAAGCCGGAGGAUAAUUUGAAACCCGAGGGAGAUUUCUACAGUCCCGAAAAGCAGAAGUAUACGCCAGGAGAACGUCCAACCCAGGUUAGACCUGAAGACAAUCUGAGACCUGAGGGAGAAUUCUACAGAACCGAGAAACCCAAGUACAGACCAGGUGAACGUCCAUCGCAAGUCAGACCUGAAGACAACCUCCGACCUGAGGGAGAGUUCUACACUCCGGAUAAACCUGGAUUCAAACCAGCUGAGAGGCCGGUCCAGAAGAAACCCGUGGACAAUCUGAAGCCCGAAGGAGAGUUUACGAAGCCUGAGAAACAGGUUUACAAACCUGCUGAUAAGAACGAAAGGAUCAUUCGUAAGGACAACCUACGUAGCGAAGGUGAAAUGACGUUCGUUGAGAAACAGGAGUAUCAAUACGUGGUACGACCCGAUCAAGUCAGACCCACGGAUAACUUGAAGCCCGAGGGUGACUUCUACAGUCCCGAAAAGCAAAAGUAUACACCAGGAGAACGUCCAAUCCAAGUCAGACCUGAAGACAAUCUGCGACCUGAGGGUGAAUUCUAUAGUCCCGAGAAACCGAAGUACAGACCAGGUGAACGUCCAACGCAAGUCAGACCUGAAGACAAUCUCCGACCUGAGGGAGAGUUCUACACUCCGGAUAAACCUGGAUUUAAACCUGCUGAGAGACCUGUCCAGAAGAAGCCGGAGGAUAAUCUGAAACCCGAGGGAGAUUUCUACAGUCCCGAAAAGCAGAAGUAUACGCCAGGAGAACGUCCAACCCAGGUUAGACCUGAAGACAAUCUGAGACCUGAGGGAGAAUUCUACAGAACCGAGAAACCCAAGUACAGACCAGGUGAACGUCCAUCGCAAGUCAGACCUGAAGACAACCUCCGACCUGAGGGAGAGUUCUACACUCCGGAUAAACCUGGAUUCAAACCAGCUGAGAGGCCGGUCCAGAAGAAACCCGUGGACAAUCUGAAGCCCGAAGGAGAGUUUACGAAGCCUGAGAAACAGGUUUACAAACCUGCUGAUAAAAACGAAAGGAUCAUUCGUAAGGACAACCUACGUAGCGAAGGUGAAAUGACGUUUGUUGAGAAACAGGAGUAUCAAUACGUGGUACGACCCGAUCAAGUCAGACCCACGGAUAACCUGAAGCCCGAGGGUGACUUCUACAGUCCCGAAAAGCAGAAGUAUACGCCAGGUGAACGUCCAACGCAAGUCAGACCUGAAGACAAUCUGCGACCUGAGGGAGAAUUCUACAGUCCCGAGAAACCCAAGUACAGACCAGGUGAACGUCCAACGCAAGUCAGACCUGAAGACAAUCUCAGACCUGAGGGAGAGUUCUACACUCCGGAUAAACCUGGAUUUAAACCCGCUGAAAGACCUGUCCAGAAGAAGCCGGAGGAUAAUCUGAAACCCGAGGGAGAUUUCUACAGUCCCGAAAAGCAGAAGUAUACGCCAGGAGAACGUCCAACCCAGGUCAGACCGGAAGACAAUCUGAGACCUGAGGGAGAAUUCUACAGAACCGAGAAACCCAAGUACAGACCAGGUGAACGUCCAUCGCAGGUUAGACCUGAAGACAAUCUCCGACCUGAGGGAGAGUUCUACACUCCGGAUAAACCUGGAUUUAAACCCGCUGAAAGACCUGUCCAGAAGAAGCCGGAGGAUAAUCUGAAACCCGAGGGAGAUUUCUACAGUCCCGAAAAGCAGAAGUAUACGCCAGGAGAACGUCCAACCCAGGUCAGACCUGAAGACAAUCUGAGACCUGAGGGAGAGUUUACGAAGCCUGAGAAACAGGUUUACAAACCUGCUGAUAAGAACGAAAGGAUCAUUCGUAAGGACAACCUACGUAGCGAAGGUGAAAUGACGUUCGUUGAGAAACAGGAGUAUCAAUACGUGGUACGACCCGAUCAAGUCAGACCCACGGAUAACCUGAAGCCCGAGGGUGACUUCUACAGUCCCGAAAAGCAGAAGUAUACGCCAGGAGAACGUCCAACCCAAGUCAGACCUGAAGACAAUCUCCGACCUGAGGGAGAAUUCUACAGUCCCGAGAAACCCAAGUACAGACCAGGUGAACGUCCAUCGCAAGUCAGACCUGAAGACAACCUCCGACCUGAGGGAGAGUUCUACACUCCGGAUAAACCUGGAUUCAAACCCGCUGAAAGACCCGUCCAGAAGAAGCCGGAGGAUAAUCUGAAACCCCAGGGAGAUUUCUACAGUCCCGAAAAGCAGAAGUAUACGCCAGGAGAACGUCCAACCCAGGUCAGACCUGAAGACAAUCUGAGACCUGAGGGAGAAUUCUACAGUCCCGAGAAACCCAAGUACAGACCAGGUGAACGUCCAUCGCAAGUCAGACCUGAAGACAACCUCCGACCUGAGGGAGAGUUCUACACUCCGGAUAAACCUGGAUUCAAAUCAGCUGAGAGGCCGGUCCAGAAGAAACCCGUGGACAAUCUGAAGCCCGAAGGAGAGUUUACGAAACCUGAGAAACAGGUUUACAAACCUGCUGAUAAGAACGAAAGGAUCAUUCGUAAGGACAACCUACGUAGCGAAGGUGAAAUGACGUUCGUUGAGAAACAGGAGUAUCAAUACGUGGUACGACCCGAUCAAGUCAGACCGACGGAUAACCUGAAGCCCGAGGGUGACUUCUACAGUCCCGAGAAACCCAAGUACAGACCAGGAGAACGUCCAACGCAAGUCAGACCUGAAGACAAUCUCCGACCUGAGGGAGAGUUCUACACUCCGGAUAAACCUGGCUUCAAACCCGCUGAGAGACCAGUCCAGAAGAAACCCGUGGACAAUUUGAAGCCCGAAGGAGAGUUUACAAAGCCUGAGAAACAGAUUUACAAGUCGGGCGACAGAACUACCAAGAUAAUCCAGAAGGACAACCUACGAACGGAAGGUGAAAUGACGUUCGUUGAGAAGAAGGAAUAUCAAUAUGUCGUACGACCAGAGCAAGUAAAACCAUCGGAUAACUUAAAGCCGGAAGGAGAGUUCUUCAGCCCCGACAAGCCGAAAUACCAGCCCGGCGAGCGGGUUACCGUUGUGCGGCAGAAGGAUAACUUAAAGGUGGAGGGAGAGUUUUACGCGCCUGACAAACCAGACUUCCAGCCUGCCGAAAGGCCCAAGCAAAAGAAGCCCCAUGAUAAUUUAAAACCAGAGGGAGAGAUGAUUAUGCCAGAAAAAAUGAAAUACAAGCCCGCCGAUAAAGUUAAUAGAGUGGUUCACAAGGAUAAUCUCCGUUCCGAAGGAGAAAUGACUUUCACAGAGAAAACUGAAUAUCAACACGUCGUUAGACCCUCCCCGGUUAGGCCGGAGGACAAUCUGAAGACCUCGGGUAAGUUCUACUUACCAGAAAAGCCAGCAGUUACAAACGGGGAUCGCCCCGAGGCGGUAAGACCCAAGGAUAACCUGAAGCCAGAAGGGAUUAUGUACACCCCUGAAAAGCCGAUAUACGAGCCUGCCUCCCGACCAGAGCAGAAGAGGUAUGUGGACAACCUAAAGCCCGAGGGCAAGAUGCACAUGCCUGAGAAGGAAGCGUUCAGGCCGGCAGAUAGAGUGACGACAGUCAUCAGAAAGGAUAACCUGAAGACCGAGGGGGAAAUGACCUUCACACAAAAGGACGUGUAUCAUCAUGUAAAGCGGCCCGAACAGGUGAAGCCGUGCGACAACCUGAAGGUCGAAGGAGAAUUCUUCACACCUGAUAAGAAACCCUUCCGUCCAGCCGAGCGGCCCGUCCAAAAGAAGCCAAAGGACAACUUGAAACCGGAGGGAGAAUUCUACAGGCAAAGCGACCGCACGGAGACCGACAGCACAACGGUAGAAACUACAAAACGAGAGACCGCUAAGCGACCGGUGGAUAACCUCAAGCUGGAAGGUUCCAUGACAGUGACCCGCAAGGAUGAUUAUAAAAAGGAGACCAACAAGACAACGGUAGAGCAGGUUCGGCGGACACAGAAGUACCAGCACAACAGCUCCUCCAUCAGCCUGGGAACCGACACCGCCAUCCGCAAGACCACCAACCAGAUGAACUAUGUGUCCGGCAAGGAUGCUGUCAAGCAGGUGGAUUCCAACAGUCAGAACCCAGUGGACGGUCUUAUUGUUGUGUCCACCACGAAGGUGACCACCGUUAUAGGAGGCCGCCACAAGGAGCCCGAAACCGAGUACGUGAAGCGCCCAGCCAAGAUAAACGUGAUCGAGAACGUGGCCAAAAACACUACGACCACGAACAUCGAGAACACCCAAAACAUCCAUAAAGAAACCACCUCGAUGCAGAGGAGCCACAAUGUCGUCGAGAAUAGUGCAGUGAACACUGUGAAUACUGCAGUCCGCGGAUCGGACAUCUCCAGCACGGCCCUCCAAACCAGCACUACGAAUCGUGAAGGUCAGAUCAGCAGGGACACUACUGGAGACUCCACCUCCCGUGUAUUGUCGAGAAAAACCGUCUCGAACAACAUAACUGGAGAUUCCACGACUCGAGUGGUCUCUGGAAAAACACUCACCAGCAACGUUACCGCAGACUCCACUUCAAAGGUAGUUUCCGGAAGGAACGUCUCCAGCAACAUCAUUGGAGAUUCAUCCACCCGUGUGGUGUCCGGAAGGAACGUCUCGAGCAACUUUACUGGGGAUUCAUCCGCUCGCAUGGUUUCUGGCAGAAACGUCACCACUAAUAUAACUGGUGACUCGUCUUCCCGCGUGGUAGCCGGUGGCCAAAACGUGAUUGAUGACUCAACAUCACGAGUGAUCUCGGGCGACAGGACCUCCAGCCACAACAUUGUUACCGGCAGCUCCACAUCCCAUACGAGCUCCUCGAAGCACUUCCAUCACCGCAAGAGCGAGUUCUCCUCGGAGGCGGAUGUCUCGAACACGAUCUUCCAUCGGAAGAACGCCGCCACCGACUCGGCUGCAGCCAAUGGCAGCAGUCUCACUUCAAACGGGAAGAUGAUGCGGAAGAGUAUUUUGAAUUUGCACGAGCAACCCUCCAGCACGCCCCAUGCCAGCGAUCGUCAGAGCUAUAGCAGCAUCCACCGGCAGAACCGGGAGUCGGACCAGAACACCAGCUUCUCCAGUGAGCGCCGCAGCUGCAGUGUCCACAAGGAAAACAGGGAGAGCAACGUGAAGAACUCUUCGUCCAUGUCCCGAAUCAUAUCCGGAGGAAGCACUGCCACUGCCCCAGACAACAGAUCAACUGUCACACGCACCCAAGUGUUGGGCGGUGGCAUCGAUUUUCCCUCCCAAUCUCACACCCAUGUGGGAGCCCAUGGCAGGCGCCACCACCAUGUAUCCACCUCCAGCGGCGGCAUCGAUUUUCCCUCCUACAGUGCCCACGGACACACCGAACGGGUGGUCACCCGUAGGGGCAACCAGUCCUCCAUCAGCCUCGGCAACGACACAAAGUGUACGGGAUCGAGUCAGUACAAGAGCGAGUACAUCACAGCCCCGAGCACCACCUGUGCAGUGCAUAAUAUUAAGAAAGGUGCAUUCCAACAUACCAGGAGUACUCAAGAACACAAGUUCUUCAAGACCUCAAACUAACGAUUAAUAACAUCCAUAUCAAAUCCCAUAUUAACGUGUAACAGUGCAUAAGUUUCCAUGACAAUAUAUCUUUUAUACAAUAUACAAGCCGAUCCGAAAAUCCAGAUUAACAAA